AUGAUGAAAUCGCAGCUAGGUAAGGCUAUCGCCUCUACGCUCUCCCAGUUGACCACUAGACUAACUCAAUCUCCCAGUUUAUCCUCCCCCAAAUCAAGCACAACCGACCACCCCCUGCCCAACAACCUCCAAACAACAAUCUUCCUGACCGCCACCUACACACCAACUCCCACAUCCACUGCCACCUCUGGUACCCCCUCGGCAACACCGACCGGCCUAGGCUGCCCCCAAAGUCAAGGACAGCAUUACACCUCGAACAACAACAAGAAGUUUAUUACGCUUUGCGGGGUGGAUUACUCUGACGAUGGGGAAGCAAAGAAUAUUUCUAAUGCAAAGGUGAAGAGCUUGAGGGAUUGCUUGGAGUUGUGCUCGAAAAAGAAGGAGUGUACGGGGGUGGGGUGGGGGGUUAUGGAAGGGGAUAAGGUCGGGGAACAUACUUGCUGGAUGAAGAACGGGUUGAAUAGCAGCCAUGAGGCGAGGGGGGAUUGGGCGUUUGGGGUAUUAUUGGGGGAGUAG